UUUGGGUCUCCAGCUGAGUAACUCCCAAAUCAAAACAUUCUUCUUUUCCACUGACCUCUGUAGGUAAGCAAAUACCUUGACUGAAACUCCUGGUGUCAGGGAUUCCUCGUUAGUCAUCAGCUAAUCUCUCACUCUGAGGAACCAAAACAUUGUAGGUCAGCAGUUAGGGGAACAGAGGGCCUUGUUUUUGCCAUCUUAUCUGACGGCUCCAUAUUUACACCCAAAACACAGCAGUCAAGCAAAGAGUGCACACACACGCACACACACACACACACACACACGAAAGUCAAACUGAGAAGGCAGUUCGACAGGAAAAAGUGAAACACAGUUGAUAGCAAAACCGUCCUGUACUUGCUCCUCCAAGGAUCUUUGGAAACUAAACUCUUAGACGGAGGUGGUGUGAAUCAUUCUGCUGACUGCAGCAGGUUGGAUCAGAGCCAUACUGAGAGAGAAAAAAGUGGAUGGACAGUUCAGGUAUGUCUCGACGGGCGGUCCAGGUCCAGCCGGAGAGCAGGGUUCAUGAGGCAGGUCAGUGGAGCACCGGCCUGUGUGAGUGCCAUAAAGACAUAGGGGACUGCUGCUUUGCCCUGUGCUGCCUCCCAGUAUUCACUUGCAAGGUGACCAGUGCGGUGGGGGCGUGUCCCUGCCUGCCUCUGCUGGACUGCAUUGGCUGUGUGCCGCCGGCCUCUCUCGCCAUGAGGGCUUCUGUCAGGGAACGAUAUGGUAUACAGGGGAGUGUGUGGAGCGACUGCCUGUACGGAUGCUGCUGCUAUCCACUAUCCUGGCUCCAGAUCUCCAGAGAGCUGAAAAGGAGAGCAGCUUCCCACGCCUCCUCCUCCUCCUCCUCCUCCUCAUCGGCAAGAUACACGGCUCUGACCCCCCUGCAGGGGGCGCACUUGGUCUAGACACAUCCACCACUUUUCUGCAGCAGUCCUCUAGAGACCAGGAGUUGAUUUAAUCACACUUCCUUCAGUCUGCAGCCGCUCCCUGUUACCUCGGAGAAUUCAGCAGGGACACAAUGUGUCCCAGAGAGAGGAAAGCUCCGUUUGUCCAAAGAUGAAGUAAAAGAACUGUGAUGAAAGUCAAGCAGGGGUCAUUUUGCAAGUUGGCUUGGGUUUUAUUCGAAAAGAUUAUUUUGAUAAGGGAAAGUAAUCAAUUACAUUUACUCAAGUAGUUAAAUACUUUACUCAUGAAUCCUAUUUGAAUGCUAUAUUUUCACUUUGUUCAUAUCAAUUGUAGGCUAAUGUUGGUAUCAUGAUAUUUACUACACUAAGCAUAGUGGACUACAUUUACAAUUAGGAUUUUACUCACCCAUGUGAAAUGUAUUUAUAAAUAUGCAAUUUAUUGUUACAACUCAAUCUUCUGAUUCCUAAAAAAUAAUCUGAAUAAUUAUUUGAAUCUCAAAAGAUACAAAAAGUCCAAUAUUUCCCAAAAGAGCAAAAGUUAAAACAAAUUUUCCACAGGACAGUGCAUACCUCCACCAGUCCCCCCUUAAAUUUGAUCAAUUUGCACCAAAUUGCACACACUCAUAGCCUUUAGUUACCUAAAUAUGCCUUUUUUUUCAUCAAGAUCCAUGAAUUAUUCCCUGGUAAAACAGUGAACAUGUUGAAAUAUGCCUUGCAACAUGAAAUACAAAUUCCUGGAUCUGCCCCCUGCUCCAGAUCUGCACCUGAAAUGUAAGUGGGGUCCUCUCUGACAGCAUUAACAAGCAAACUGACAGGGGUGAAAACUGAGGUAAAAACUUUGAUGGAUUUCAGAGGCCAACCAAUUUUUUCAACUCACCACUAACCUUACUUACUCAUCUCUUUAUGCAACUGGUUUUGUGUUUUAUUCAUACAUUCAGUUGUGUGGCCUCUUCCUUUGACUCGCUAUAUUUCCUUCGCAUUUGUGUAUGUGGGACCGAACCCUUAGAAUCAACUAAGAGAGAUUGGUUGUUUUUUAAAUCUGCUAACAAUCGCUCCCAUCUAACCUCAAUAUGGUUCUAAGCUGAGGAUCAGUGAAUUGUCAUGUUAUUGUGUUCCAUUGUCUAUGUACAGUAAUAAAAACUCAGAUCUGGAAACAU